AUAGAAUCUUCUUCUUUCCAACCCUUUCAAUUUCUUACCAUCGGGUCGUUAAACCCAACAAUACCAGCUGAGCGUGCAGAGAGACCAAGAGAGACGGAGGGAGGGAGAUGACCGCCGCCGGCUUUCGCAGUCGACGAUGAGCGAGUUUGGCCGGGCCGUCGUCCGGCCUGACCUCAGGUUGAGCCGCGUCGUCCGCCUCGCCUUUCUCCGCCGCCUCCUCCGCCUUUUAUGGCGCCACGUCAUCGUCUGCUCCUCCUGCUCCGUUGCCGCUGCCUCCUUCACUGCCGCCGAUGGCGACCACACCCUCCGCUACAACCGCCUCCGGGAAGACGAAGAAGAAGCUCUGCCGGUGGCCGCCGUCACGGAUGCCGCUCGUCCCCUGUCUCCACCACUACGCUCGACCGCCACUGACGAAGGUUUCGACGACCUUGUCUCCCUCAAAGUCUGCCUUCUCGGCGAUGGCCGGAUUGGCAAAACUAGUUUCAUGGUGAAGUAUGCGGGGGAGGAAGAGGAGAACAGGGGCUUGCAUAUGAAUGGGCUAAACUUGAUGGAUAAGGUUUUCCUUGUAAGAGGAGUGAGGAUAGCUUUUAGCAUUUGGGAUGUUGGAGGCGAUGGUCGGUUUUCAAAUCAUAUUCCAUUGGCUUGCAAAGAUGCAGCUGCAAUUCUGAUAAUGUUUGAUCUCACAAAUCGAAGCACACUUAGCAGCACAACAAAUUGGUAUAGGAGAGCAAGAAUAUGGAAUAAGACGGGGAUUCCAAUCUUAGUAGGCACUAAAUUCGAUGAUUUUGUUCAGCUUCCUCUUGACAUGCAAUGGACCAUUGUGACUGAGGCCAGAGUAUAUGCAAGAGUGAUGAAGGCGACUUUGUUCUUUUCGAGCACGACACAUAACAUAAAUGUGAACAAAAUAUUUAAAUUUAUUACUGCCAAGCUCUUUAACUUGCCAUGGAGUAUAGAGAGAAAUUUAAAAGUUGGAGAGCCCAUAAUUGAUUUUUAGGGCACCUCCUUUUCACAUUUUAUUGCUCUCUUUUGGUUUCUUUUUCUGUCUCACAGGUAGCUUCAUAACCUUUAUUGUGUGCAAGGCUGUAAAUAUAUAGCUUUUUUGUUCUUGUAGAAGGUUUUUCUUAGUGAAAAUUCAAAGCUUUCUCAAAA